AUGUCACUUUCUGAGGUGCAGAAAUUUUGCUAUCUGAAAACUCUAUUGUCCGACGAUGCUGCCAGUGUGAUUGAUGGUUUGAAUGUUACACAUGGAAACUAUUCAGAAGCUAUACAUUUACUCAAGGAACGUUUUGGUCAGACACAUAAAGUUGUAAAUGCGUACAUGCAAGGUUUGCUGGAUUUACCUAGACCAACUUCCCAACUGUCCAGUCUAAGACCGUUUCAAGAAAAGAUGGAGGCAUAUAUCCGUGGUCUACAGUCCCUAGGUCAAGGUCAUGAGUCCUUUGGAAAUUUACUUAUACCGGUCAUACUUGAAAAACUUCCGGCGGAGAUCAAGCGGAACAUGACACGCGACCAUGGCGGGAGUGAAUGGCGACUUCCGGAACUUAGGAGAGCGUUAAAGAAGGAGAUAAAUAUAAUAGAUUCAGGCCAGCCAACACAGACUACAUAUGAACAUUUGGCAACUGCAUCUUUCCUUACAAGCACAAGACCAACACAAAAGAAGAAAAGUUUAAAGCACAUACAAGAAGUCCAAAUACCCCAACGCCCCCAAUGUCCUUUCUGCAGUGAAAAACAUUUUGCUAAUGACUGUAAAAACAUCAUAAAUCCUAGGGAGAGAAAAGCCAUUAUUCAUCGCAAGAAACAGUGUUUCAACUGUUUAGGCAAACAUCUUGUUGCUUCCUGUCGCUCAAAACACCGGUGUAGAAAAUGCAACCGGAAACACCAUACCAGCAUUUGCGAUCAGAGUAUCGGAAGCUCACUGAACACAUCGGCUCCAAGUUUCGUCCCUACUUCCGGUAGUGAAGCAACAACGCAUCUUACUUCCGGUUCCAGUGUACAAUCGGCUAUUCUACAUUCUGCAACACAAAGUAGAAACAACGUUUUACUGAAGACUGCUGUUGCUGAGGUUACUUCCGGUCACGCCUGUGCUAAAGCAAACAUUUUAUUUGACGAAGGAGCGCAGCGUUCAUUUAUUACUCAUGAACUCGCCGAAACACUACAAUUACAGAGACGCGGGUCUGAAGUUGUACAUCUGGCUGCAUUCGGGGCGGAGUCCAAGAAAGUCGGCCAUUUUGAAACCGCCACAGUUUACUUGAUAACUGACAACUCAGAGAAAAUUGCCAUUGAUGUCUUAAUUGUGCCGUCUAUUGCUGUGCCUUUACGUAACCAAAUACGAGCUGCCACACAUUUGCCAUAUUUACGAGGUUUGAAACUAGCCCAUCCAGUACCGGAAGUUGACACAUUCAACAUAUCAUUACUAAUUGGAGCGGAUAGAUAUUGGGAGAUCAUUGGAGACCGUAUUAUACGGGGCGACGGACCGACAGCUGUCCAGUCAAAGAUUGGUUUUCUUCUGUCCGGACCACUUCCGGUGACGUCAUCAAGUACCGCUACGAACUACAUUAUGAAUAUUAUUACAUCUGCACCAGAUUAUGAUGAUCUUGAGCGAUUCUGGAAAUUAGAAUCCAUCGGCAUUUUACCCGAAGCAGAAGAAAAAGCUUCUGACUUACAUAAUUAUCAGAAGAACUGCAUUACCUUUGAAAAUGACAAGUAUACUGCUUCGUUGCCAUGGAAACCUGAUCACCCUAAUUUACCCGACAACUAUAACAUCACAUUAAGAAGAACUCAGAACACAAUACGACGACUACGUGAAGACCCCCCUUUACUACAAAAGUACGACGGCAUAAUUAAAGACCAGGAAAAGAGAGGAUUUAUAGAGAAAGUGAAUGUUUUAUCAAGUGAGCGUCCCGUGCACUAUAUCCCACAUCACGGAGUUAAGAAACAUUCGGCCACCACCCCUAUCCGUAUUGUGUUUGACUGUAGUUGUCGUCAAAACAAAAAUUCACCGAGUCUUAAUGAUUGCCUUGAAUCAACCCCUCCUGAGAUCAACGAAUUGACAAGUAUCUUAGUGAACUUAAGGAAGCACAGAUAUGCCGUCUGCACAGAUAUUGAAAAGGCUUUUCUUCAAAUACAACUCAACGAGAAUGAUCGUGACGUCACACGAUUUCUAUGGUUGAACGACAUUUAUGAUCCAAAUAGUGACCUUACAACAUACAGAUUCAAGUCCGUGCUUUUUGGUGCCACAUGUUCACCAUUUAUACUUCAUGCCACUUUAACCAAGCAUCUGAGUGCCAAUGAUCAUAAUUGGGUGAGUGCAAUACUUAAGAAAGACUUAUAUGUUGAUAACGUGAUGUCUAGCUUUUCUGACGAGAGUACUCUACUUGACUACUUCCAGAACACACGCAAAUUGAUGACAUCUGCUGGUUUUAACUUACGGUCCUGGAGCUCUAACAACAGUUCUCUGCGCAGCCUAGCGGAAGCGGAAGCAGUAGCAGAAACUGAAGAAAUAACUAACAUCCUUGGAAUGAAAUGGGACCCGAUAUCAGACCAGAUUUUCUUAGCACAGAAGACCAUUUCUACUUCCCAAUUUAUGACAAAACGUGUCAUACUCAAGGAAACAGCGAAGAUUUAUGACCCCCUUGGCUUCCUGACCCCACUCACAAUUCGUGCAAAAAUCCUACUUCAAGAUAUUUGGAAGCAAAAGUUCGAGUGGGACAUGUCCCUACCAGAUGACCUACAGACCCAAUGGUAUAACUUUGCUAAAGACUUAAACAGUGUAAUCCCUACCAGAUACCCGAGAAGUUACUUCAAGGAUACUGACUCUUUGGCAUUUACUUCCGGUAUAGGCGACAGUGCUGCCAGCGCAUCCUCAGAUAUUCAUCUUCAUGUGUUUUGGUCCGCCAGCCUUUAG